AUGGAUGUAAUUCAUCAAGCCAUUUCAAACCCUAGUGUUGGAGUGAUAGUGGCUUAUCAUCCACCGACAUUUCAUGCUUUUAAACGGUUAAAUUUAAAUGAUACCAAACAAAAUAUUGUUUUAAAAUGUAUUGCUGAAGGAAUUAGUGUUUAUAGUCCUCAUACUGUUGAUUGUAGUGUUGGUGGAGUAAAUGUUUGGUUAACUAAAGGACUUGGAUCAGGAACAUCUAUAUCUUUGAUGCCUAGUGAAAAACCACCUGCAGGUAUUUAUUUAGGUCACGAGGGAGCAGGAGCAGGCAGACUUUUCACAUUAAAGACCAAUGAUGAUAAAGAUAUUAAAAAUGAUUUAGAAAAGAAAUCAUAA